GGAAAAGCUCAUCCAGGGGAGGCAGAAAGAACCGACAAUCCCAAUGAUCCCCCUGACUCUUCCAGGUUACCAGUCAAGCUCUCAUUUGAGGACAUUCCAGGUAAACUCCCAGCAAGGAUUUCCACCAGAAAGAUGGAUUUCCAGGCUGAUUUGGAAGAGGAUAUUAAUAUUCAAGAUAACAAUUCCCAGAUAUUUCACAACUUUUCCAUGUCUGAUCCAAGCAGCAAUGUUACCUACGCCAGUGUUAUAAUGCCGACAGUCUUUGGAGUCAUCUGCUUGCUUGGGAUCAUUGGCAAUAGUGUGGUCAUAUACACCGUCUUCAAGAAGUCCAAGUUCAGGUGCAGCAGCAGCGUGCCAGAUAUAUUUAUCAUUAAUCUUUCUGUGGUCGACCUGCUUUUCCUCCUGGGCAUGCCUUUUCUAAUCCACCAGCUUCUGGGCAAUGGAGUUUGGCAUUUUGGAGAGACCAUGUGCACGCUUAUUACUGCUUUAGAUACCAACAGCCAGUUUACAAGCACUUAUAUACUCACUGCCAUGUCCAUUGAUCGUUACCUUGCUACCGUGUACCCCUUUACCUCGGCAAAGUAUAGGAAGCCACCUAUAGCGAUUAUGGUCAUCUGCAUUCUUUGGGUUUUGUCCCUUCUAAGUAUCACACCCGUUUGGAUGUAUGCAAGACUUAUUGCUCUGCCUGGAGGGGUUCUGGGAUGUGGAAUCACACUCCCUAACCCAGAAAGUGACAUAUACUGGUACACACUGUAUCAGUUUUUUCUGGCUUUUGCCAUUCCAUUUGCUGUGAUCUCAGUGGCUUACCGUAGAAUCCUGUUGAAAAUGGCAUCCUCGGAAGCUCUGACAGCUCACAGAAGUUCAAGGAUAAGGACUAAGAAAGUAACCAGGACAGCUAUUGCGAUAUGCCUGGUUUUCUUUAUCUGCUGGGCUCCAUUUUAUGUUCUUCAGAUAAUUCAGUUGGUGAUGGACCAGCCAACUCUUGCUUUCCAUUAUGCUUACUGUGUUGCAAUUAGCAUGGGCUAUGCAAACAGCUGCAUUAACCCUUUUAUCUACAUUAUCUUGUGCGAGACCUUCAGGCGUAGGUUUAUUGUCUCCGUACAACCAGCAGAAGACCAUCCAGAGAGCAGGAUCCGCAUGAAAUUCCGAACAGAUCCACCUUCUGGAAGUGGACAACCUCUCCUUCAGCUUGUUCCUGUAUCAACUGGCAGCUAACCCAAUGCUCAUGCAUGGUUAAUAACUUGUAUUCAUGUUAUGAGUUACUACAUUAUCCAAAUUUUUUAACAUGUGCAUGUUUCCUGGUCAAUCUUAAAAGAUAACCCGAGUCAGAGAAGGGCUUGGUAUAUCGAACUGUUCUACUGACUUUCAAGGGUCCCCAUGAUUAUGAUUGUAGCCAUGUGGUUACCUUUAUGUGUUGAGAUGUUUUUUUUCACUGUACAAAUUUCUAAAGAUCUUUUGCCAUUUCUUUUACGGUGCAAAUUCAUGACUUGCAGUCUGUAGACCAUUUAAACAAAAAAAAGCCUCUUACACUUUCAAUAAAUGCAAGCGAAUUGCAA